AUGUCUUCGCCCACCAUAGAUAAGAAGAACAACCAGUUCGGAAAACUUCCUCUGUCGACUUCUGGGCCCCUUGAGACUACUCUGACAGGAAACGCUCUGUUACGGACCCCAUACUUCAACAAAGGGUCUGCUUUCACAAGAGAAGAACGAACAACGUUCAGGCUGCAUGGACUGCUCCCUCCAAAUGUACAGACUCUCGAAGAGCAGGUACAGCGCGCCUACGAACAGUACAGCUCCCGUCCAAACGAUCUGGCGAAGAACACGUUCAUGACGAGUAUGAAAGAGCAGAAUGAGGUGCUGUACUACAAGCUAAUUCUGGACCACUUGAAAGAGAUGUUCUCCGUCAUCUAUACGCCUACUGAAGGAGACGCAAUAGAAAACUACUCCCGUCUGUUUCGACGUCCAGAGGGUUGUUUCCUCAACAUCGAAGAUAUAGACCUCAUACCCGAUAACAUGGAUCAAUGGGGGGAGCCCAAUGACAUUGAUUUGAUCGUAGUCAGCGACGGCGAGCAGAUUCUUGGCACCGGGGACCAAGGCGUAGGUGGCAUACUCAUAUCCAUUGCCAAAUUGGUAAUAUAUACUCUCUGCGCCGGUAUACAUCCUUCGCGAACUUUGCCUGUUGUGCUCGAUGCCGGUACUAACAACGAACGACUUCUAAAUGACGACUUGUACCUGGGUCUCCGCCAAAAGCGAGUGCGGGGAAAGAAGUAUGACGACUUCAUUGAAACCUUCGUCAACGCUUGUCGGGAUAGGUAUCCGAAAGCCUAUUUGCACUUUGAGGAUUUUGGAUUGGAGAAUGCCCGGCGUAUCUUGGACAAAUACACUUCGGAGAUUGCGUGCUUCAACGAUGAUGUCCAGGGUACCGGGUGUGUAACACUCGCGGCCGUAUACGCGGCAUUCCAUGUCAAUGGUGUCAAGUGGGACGAGGCUCGUUUCGUGAUGUUUGGAUCCGGGACCGCUGGAACGGGCAUUGCGGAUCAGUUGCAACGUGCCAUUGAGCACGAGACUGGAAAGCCAAGCAAGGACGCAGCGCUCCAAAUCUGGUGUGUUGACAAACCUGGCCUUCUCCUGCAAUCUAGGAAGAAUGAUUUGACGUCCGCGCAAGUGCCAUAUGCUCGCAAUGAUGACGAAUGGCAGGAUAAGGACCACCACGAUCUACUCUCAGUUAUCAAGGAGGUGAAGCCUCACGUUUUGAUUGGUACUUCUACUGUUCCGAACUCUUUCACCGAGGAGGUGGUGCAGGAAAUGGCGAAGCAUGUCGAUCGGCCGGUUAUCUUCCCCUUGUCUAAUCCCACUCGUCUACAUGAAGCAAAGCCUCAAGAUCUGUACGACUGGACGGAGGGAAAAGCGCUGGUAUCUACAGGGUCGCCGUUCCCACCGGUCAAAUACCAGAACAAAGAAUUUGAUAUCUCUGAAUGUAACAACUCUGUUACAUUCCCUGGUAUUGGCCUAGGUGCCAUAUUGAGUCGUACCCGCCUAAUGUCACCGGCGCUGAUAGUUGCUGCUGUCAAGGCGCUUGCCUCAACAGCCCCGGUCGUGAAAGAAACUGGUGCGGGGCUUCUUCCCGAUGUCACUGAAGUCCGGGAGAUCAGUGUGAAAAUUGCGAAGAAUGUCAUCAAGGCGGCACGAGAUGAGGGGCUGGCGCAAGAGAAGAAUAUUCCUGAAGGAGAUGAAGAACUCGAGGAAUGGAUUCGCGAGCAGAUGUGGGAUGCUGAAUAUCGACCUCUGAAACUGAUUGAUGAGUCUCAGGCAUCUGCGCACGCAAAGGGCGAGGCUGGCAUUGGUUCUCACAGACGUACGGGUAGCAUUAGGAGGCCACGCUAA